AGUCAAAACAGCUACUACAAACGUUCUCUUCAUGUCCCUCUAGAAAACGCUGUCAAUGGCCGCAAAUUCUCCUCUUCCUCCUCCUCCUCCUCCACCUCCUCCUCCUCCCCCCUCAUCCUCUACAUUUUCCAAACCCUAAUCCUAGCAAAAGAGCAACCGAGAAAAUAACUAUCACCAUGAAGAUGCCGAUUGUAUUAUUUCUGCUGAUGAUGAUAACUCCAUUUCUCUGCUUAUCCAUUGAGGACGAUGUAAUGUGCUUGCAAGGCUUGAAGAACUCGCUCACUGACCCACUUAAUAGGCUAGACGGCUGGACCUUCACCAACAACUCCGUUGCCUCUGUCUGCAAGCUCACGGGUGUCUCUUGCUGGAAUGAGAGGGAGAAUCGCAUCAUCAGCUUGCAACUCACCUCUAUGGAGCUCGCUGGUGAGCUCCCAGAGUCCCUCAAGCUCUGCCACAGCCUCCAGGCUCUAGAUCUCUCCGAUAACGAUCUCUCGGGUCCCGUCCCCCCUCAAAUCUGCUCGUGGUUACCUUACCUCGUCACCCUUGAUCUCUCCGGAAACCGCCUCUCGGGUUCCAUACCCCCUGAGAUCGCCGACUGCAAGUUUUUGAACAGUCUCAUCCUCAGCAACAAUAAACUCUCGGGUUCAAUCCCCUACGAGCUCAGCCGGUUAGAUCGUUUGAAGCAGUUUUCUGUAUCAGGUAACGAUCUCUCUGGCUCGAUUCCUUCUGAUCUAUCGAGAUUCGGGCAUGGCGGAUUUGACGGGAACAGCGGGCUUUGCGGGAAACCCUUGUCGAAAUGCGGUGGGUUGAGCGCUAAAAAUCUUGCCGUGAUUAUAGUCGCCGGUGUCGUUGGUGCCGCUGGGUCUUUAAUUAUUGGUUUCGCGAUUUGGUGGUGGUUCUUUUUCAGGGUUAGCGAUAGGAAGAAGAAAGGUUAUGGUGUUGGUAGUGUUAAGGAUGACAGUAGCUGGGUUGAGUUGUUGAGGUCACACAAGCUUGUUCAGGUCACCCUGUUCCAAAAACCCAUCGUGAAGAUCAAAUUGGCGGACUUGAUCGCCGCAACCAACAGCUUUGAUUCGGAGAAUAUCGUGAUCUCAACGAGAACUGGGGUUUCUUACAAGGCCGUGCUGCCUGAUGGGUCUGCGCUCGCAGUUAAGAGACUUAGAGUUUGUAAGCUUAAUGAAAAACAGUUUAGGUCAGAGAUGAAUAGGUUGGGCCAGCUAAGGCAUCCCAAUUUGGUGCCUCUUUUAGGGUUUUGCGUCGUGGAGGAGGAGAGACUUUUGGUUUAUAAGCACAUGCCUAAUGGCACAUUGUACUCACAGUUACAUCAGGUUGGGUUUGGUGUUGAUCAUGUUGGGGUUUUAGAUUGGCCAACUAGGCUCAAAAUUGGUGUUGGUGCGGCCAGAGGUUUUGCUUGGCUGCACCAUGGUUGCCAGCCCCCCUAUUUGCACCAGUAUGUUAGUUCGAAUGUGAUACUUCUCGAUGAUGAUUUUGAUGCUCGGAUUACAGAUUUUGGAUUAGCUAGGCUAUUGGGUUCUCGUGAUUCGAAUGACAGCUCUUUUGCCAAUGUGGAUUUGGGGGAAUUUGGAUAUUUAGCUCCCGAGUACUCUAGCACCAUGGUUGCAUCACUUAAAGGGGAUGUUUAUGGGUUUGGGAUUGUGCUCUUGGAGUUGGUCACUGGACAAAAACCUCUUGAGAUCAGUACUGCUGAGGAAGGAUUCAAAGGAACUCUGGUGGAUUGGGUCAAUCAAGCGAUAAGCAGUGGUAGAGGGAAGGAUGUCAUUGAUAGAUCUAUAUGUGGCAAAGGUCAUGAUGAUGAAAUUAUGCAAUUUUUGAGGGUUGGUAGUUGUCUGGUGUCUAGACCGAAGGAAAGACCUUCUAUACAGGUUUACGAGUCAUUGAAGAGCAUGGCAGAGAGGCAUGGCUUGUCUGAGCAGUAUAAUGAUUUCCCGAUGAUAUUUGGCAAACAAGAUCCUGACUACAAGGAUUAAUCUUGGUGGCAACAAGACGAGAAGAGGAACUUCCUUGCUGUAUUCUAUGUUUCUUGGAGCUCUUAGCAAUGGGUAUGAUUUCCAUUUGAACAGGAUCACCUGCUCUAACGCACAUUUGUUUGAUAAUUCUGUAAAUUACAUUAAGUAUUUUAUGUACCGUAGCUUGUAGCUUUAGUGCAGUCAAAAUAAUCUGCUGUUUUCAUCCUGGAGAAAGCUGUUUCUGUACCCUCAAGAGUUUGUUCUAAGCUGUUUCUUCAGGAAUUUCUGUGCAUGUAUUUCUUGAAUAUUAAGGCAAUUCUAAUUUCAUACCACAUGAAUUUACUCCUCUAGUGAA